AUGAAGGGAGUAGUGAUCGCCUUGCUGGUGGCCCUCGCCAUGGUCCACUUCAUGGCGGAGCCAGCCCGCGCCAUCACCUGCUCAGACGUGAACAAGGCCCUGGCCCCUUGCAUCUCCUACCUCACCGGCGGCGGUGCUCCGACUUCAGCAUGCUGUGACGGCGUCAGGACCCUUAAGUCAUUGUCACCCACCACGAGCGACAGGCAAACGGCCUGCCAGUGUGCCAAGGACGCCGCCAGCCGCAACCCCAACAUUAGGGAGGAUGCCGCCGCUGCCCUCCCCAACAAGUGCGGCGUCCAGACCGACAUUCCCAUCUCCCGAAGCACUGACUGCUCUACUGUCUCUUAAGAUGGAUGGAUGGAAGCCACCAGUACUGGAGAUGAAUAAUGGGAGGAGAAGCUCUAUAUUGCUGCCUCCCUUUAUUUAGUUAGUGUAUUAAUGUAUUAGCUACUAGUUCAGAGGUGGUUCUCUUAGCUGAGUGAGAACCGCUGUAGUCAU